AUGAUUGCCGUUGCCAUUCUAGUUAUGUACACAUUUAUUGACACACAAACUAAAAUAGUUAAAAUUCUUAAUCCAUCUCGAGAUAAAUUUGAUCAACUUCGAUUAAAUCCUCAAUAUUCAACAACACUUGAUUGUCCUUGUACAAGUAUUAUUGUUUCUUAUAACUCAUUUAUUUCAAUUAAACCCUAUUAUCAUCAACUAUGUUCAAGUGAUUUUGUUGUAAACAGUUCUACUUGGAUUUCUUUGAUUUAUUCGUAUACCGCAGGUAUUGACUAUUCAUAUGAUGAUUAUCGUCAGUUUGCUCCGUCGCAUUUCCAAUUACUUUCAGGACUUUGUUCACUUGCGAAUGAUACAGUGAAUGCAGCAAUAACUGAAUUUUCACGAAAUACAAUAAUUAAUGAAAGAGUACAAUCUCAAGAAUCUAUCAAAGCACAAACUGAUAUUAUUCUUUCUCAAUUUCUUUUAUCAACUCCUCGAACAUUUACAUUAACUCUUGAUUUCAUUCGAUAUAUAAAUCAAGGGAAUGGUAUUGUUUCAUCAAUUUUUUCUAAUUGGCAUUUUCUUUCACUAGAUACGGGAUUUGAAUAUGCUGCUCUGUGGGCUGUGCCACAUGCUUAUAAUGAUAAUAGUUGUAUUUGUGGUACAAGUUCAAUGUGUAUCUCACAAGCUUCAUUUAGUGGAAUAACUAUUCCUGGUUUGCAUGUGGGAUGUUAUCCACUUGAAUCACUUCUUCAAUCAACACUUGAAUGUCUCUAUAAUGUAACAUGUAUUAAUCAACUCAAGUCUAUGUAUACACAUUCAAAUAUGAUAUUUAAUCCAUUAAAUGAUACUUUAUCGUCUCGUAAUACUACAGUUCAAUCUAUAGUCAAUAAUCUUCUAGUUGAAAGAUGGGAAACUGAAGUAGUUUAUGAAAAUUAUUAUGCAGCAUGUACUCCUCUUUGGUGUACAUAUACAUUUGAUGGACAAAUAAGUCCAAUCUAUACAAUAACGACUAUUAUUGGUCUUUAUGGUGGUUUGACAGUCGUAUUUAAACUUAUUACUCCUAUUAUAGUACGAAUUGGAUAUUAUAUAGUUAGGUAUCGUCGUCGACGUGCCAAUCAAGUUGUGACUGUAAUGACAAUUGAUAAGUUUAAGUCACUUCGAAGUAUACAUCUUCAUAUUGGAAAAGAAGAAAACUAA